UAAAUUUUUGGUUGGUCGAAUUCCCAUUACCCUGGUGCAAAAAUGGUGUUCAAGUGCCCCACCUGAAGGUCACACUAGGUGAUCAAAUGCCCCUACCCCUGGAACAUCCAUGUACGUGACAGAAACAAUUAUUACUACGUGGAAAAGAAAAAAAAAAAUCACCCUUGAAAACCCAUGUUAAACUUCCACUGUAUCUCAUGUCUCGAUUAAAUUUUUGCAAGCAAUAAUUUUGCUUUUAUCCUAAUUAACCCAAACCUAAACACAGCAAAAAGCUUUUGGGGGCCUUUCUUUUCUAGGCUCGAUUUCUGCCACUUUCUCUGGUCCAGUCCCUGAUGGGUAGUGCACGUUCCUAUCCUAAACAAGCCUUUUUCUUUUUGAGCCACAAUGUUAUGUUAGAGAAAAAUUCGGUUUUGUCUCUUAUUAAAUGAUUUCUAAAUUGAACAAAUUUCAAAUUCUAUGUGGUGUCAAAUGCCCCACCUCAUAGGAACCACUGACAUCAUAUUUUGGUCUUCUACAUGUAGGGCACAAGAAAUUGGUCAAAUGUCUGGGAUAUGAAGAGGGGGGGUGAUCUCUUUAUUUGAUCAAUACAUUACUCUGACAGUUUUCUAUGGGAGAUUCCCAAUACCCCCCCUCCCCCCACCUUUUCCUGACCUUCCCCAAGGAUUGUGAGCUUCUACCGUAUUAAGAAUUGGAAUGUGUUGGAGCAUUUUGUUUUCAGCCCAUUCCCAACCCCGCAGUCUGUUCACACACUCCUGUUCACUGGUACGUCACCCUAAGUGUGGAAUGACUGUAUCAAGCAACUUUUAGCACAUGUUGACUGGUAACCUUUUCAUUCAAUCUGCAGAAUUUGAUUCGUGAGUGUGGAGGUUUGAAACGGCUUGUGGCCCUUUUAACACACCCAAGUGAAAAUAUCAACAUCAAGGCAGCCCAGGUUCUGUCCAACCUGGCAAUGAAUGAAAAAAAUCAAGAAAGUUUAAAGGGCAGCAUUCUUGAUGUGAUAAAAAACAUUGAAUACUGUGAUGUUCUCAGUAAUGAAGACAUGAUAAUAGAACAUUUGAGGCUCCUCGUUAAUUUGUCAGCAACAAAUAUUGCACAUGAUGAAAUCAUGACAGGGGUACAAGAUUUCUUCAAUAUGCUCUCUCAAUCUCUCUCAGGAAAAAUUCAGAGAGAGGUUUUGAGACUGCUAGUAAACUUGUCUUGCAAUGUUAAUAAUCUGGAAGGAUUACUGGAAUUUAAGCCACUACUUAUUCUCCAGACAUUUAUGCUCCCAGACAAUCAAGAUGACAUUGUUUUAAGAGCUGUUACAAUCUCAGCCAACUUACUUGCAAGUCCUGAUCAGUAUACAGAGGUAUUUUGGUUUUCAAAGAACUGCUUGCCACCUAGCCUCAUAAGCAAAUGCUUUCUUAGGCUUGUCAUGCAAUCUUCCUCCUGGCAGAAAGAUUGCAUGACGAACCCAAAGAGCAACUGCGUAGGAGGCUACUUGCCACCUUUACUUGUGUGACAACAAUGUAAGCAUUUUUCUCUCAUCAUCUCACCAUCAAAUAAUUAAUGCAUUCAUUAUUUUUUCUUGUAGCAACAACAAGCAGAGAUAACAGAACAUGUAAAUGUAUUGUAUGGAGAGCUAACAGGGCUGCUAGAUCAUCCGAAUGAUGAAAUUUAG